CACGUCAGUGUGUUUACUAAGAGCAGAGUGACAGCUGGAAGGUGUACACUUUACUGACCUGUCGAGCAUUUUUAAGUGAAUGAAGAGGCGGUGUUUGGGAAUAUUUCGCUAUCGCACAGUGGAAUGUCCGACCUUUUUGCUUUGUUUCAUUGCGGAGCCUGAACUGAACUCUGAUCUUUUUCAUUCACUCUUGGCCGGCUAGCCUACUAGCUUACCGAGCAAGGCUAGCAUUAGCUAUAGAAGGACUUCAUCUGCGAGACAACCGCCGUAGACAGGAAGCAGCAUGGUGGAUAAGAACAUCUACAUCGUCCAGGGUGAAAUUAGCACUGUUGUUGGAGCCAUAAAGAGGAACUCCAGAUGGAAUACCCACACUCCACUAGACGAAGAACAGGACCCAUUACUCAACAGCUUUGGCAAUCUCAAGGACAUACUGAACACCAUAAAAGAGCUGUCAGAUGUUGAACCCAAUAUUUUCCUGAGGCCUUUCCUAGAAGUCGUGCGCUCCGAGGACACCACUGGACCAAUCACAGGCCUUGCUCUUACCUCUGUCAACAAGUUCCUGUCUCACGGCCUUAUAGAUGCUAGCCACGAGGCAGCAGCAGAGGCCAUUGAGAACAUGGCAGACGCCGUCACGCACGCUAGAUUUGUAGGAACAGACCCGGCCAGUGAUGAAGUUGUCCUUAUGAAAAUUCUACAGGUCCUGAGGACUUUGUUGCUGACACCAGUGGGAGCCCACCUGACCAACGAGUCUGUUUGUGAGAUCAUGCAGUCAUGCUUCAGGAUCUGCUUUGAGAUGCGUCUAAGUGAGCUCCUCAGGAAGACGGCUGAACAUACACUGGUCGACAUGGUGCAGCUAUUAUUCUCCAGACUCCCCCAGUUCAAAGAGGAGGCCAAGAGUUAUGUUGGUGCUAACAUGAAGAAGACCCUACCUGUCAUACUGGACACUCAGGAUGUUAUUUGUGCAGAGCAGCAUAGAAACACAAGUCAGAGUAGGCUAGAGAGGGUACUGAACUGGCAGGAUUUAAACCUGAAGAUGCGUGCCGGUGGCAUGAGCGAGUCAUCUAAAUGGAAGAAACAGAAACGUUCCCCGCGGCCGCCUCGGCACAUGGUCCGUAGUUCCUCCGGACAGAUGGAACCAAGCCAGCCCAGCACGCUCAACAACAACCUCUCGGGUGGUGUCCCGUUCAUGGAGGAGGGCUUGUCCAAUCCCAGCCUUCCCGUCUCAGACAGCUCUGCCUCAUCUAUCUGUAGCCCAACAACCACUGACAGCGGCCUGGACACCUGCUCAAAAACUACUUCCAGGGAAGACCUUUCUGACCUGGAUCAGUGCAGCUCUGCAUCAACCGCUGGUGCAGCCAUUGCGCUCACAGGGACUGAGUGUGGCUCUACAGAUGCACAGUUUGAGGGCCAGCAGGCUGAACCAGCCCCGUCAGCCUCAGUGGAGUCCAUCCCUGAGGUUCUGGAGGACAAAGACUCCAUUACAGAGCAGUCAGACAGUGCCUCUGUCCAUGAUAUGGAUUACGUCAACCCCAGAGGCGUCCGCUUCACACAGUCCACGCAAAGAGAUGGAGCAUCCCUCAUCCCGUAUGGCCUGCCGUGUCUCAGAGAGCUGUUUCGUUUCCUGAUUUCACUGACCAACCCUCAUGACCGCCACAACACUGAUGCCAUGAUGCACAUGGGCCUGCAGCUGCUGACUGUGGCCCUGGAAUCAGCACACAUCCCUAACUACCAGUCCUUAUUAGUGCUGGUCAAAGACGAGCUCUGUCGACACCUGUUCCAGCUGCUGAGUGUGGACCGUAUGAACCUGUAUGCUUCAUCCAUACGAGUUUGCUUCUUGCUCUUUGAAAGCAUGAGAGGACACCUGAAGUUUCAGCUCGAGAUGUACCUGAAGAAACUCAUAGACAUCAUCACUUCAGAGAACAUUAAGAUGCCUUACGAGAUGAAGGAGGUGGCUCUGGAGGCACUGGUCCAGUUAUGGAGGAUCCCCAGUUUUGUCACUGAGCUCUACAUUAACUAUGACUGUGACUUUUACUGCUCCAACCUCUUUGAAGAUCUCACCAAGCUGCUGUCUAAGAACGCGUUUCCAGUGUCGGGGCAGCUGUACACCACCCACCUCCUGUCACUGGAGGCCCUGCUCACAGUGAUCGACAGCAUCGAAGCUCACUGCCAGGCCAGGGUGCUGAGCAGCAUAGCUCAGCAAGACCAAGCAGAGACUGUGCUGGCAGACGGAGAGGGUGCAGCCAAGGCUGAAACAGACUCUGCAGCUGAUGUUAGUAGACUUGGCAGUACCAAUGGUUUGAGUCCCUCGCAGCCUGAAAAGGCACCAGUGUAUCCUCCAACCAGUGGACAUCUAAUGGCCGAGAAGAUGAGACUGGGCAGACAGGAUCAGGGAGACAGCGAUCCUUCUGAGAAGAGAAGUCUGAAAAAGCCUCAGCGUUUCUUGUCCUGUUUACCUGAUUCACACGAGUUAAUGGAAAUUAGAACCAAGAAAAAGCUGCUGAUCACAGGCACGGAGCAGUUUAACCAGAAGCCCAAGAAAGGCAUCCAGUUCCUCCAGGAAAAAGGCCUCCUUAGCAGCCCCAUAGACAACAACCAGGUGGCCCAGUGGCUCAGAGAAAACCCCCGGCUGGACAAGAAAAUGAUUGGCGAGUACAUCAGCGAUCGGAAGAACACGGAACUCCUGGACUGCUUUGUGAACACAUUUGCCUUCCAGGGGCUUCGUAUUGACGAGGCCCUGCGGCUCUACCUGGAGGCCUUCAGGUUACCUGGAGAGGCUCCUGUCAUUCAGAGACUCCUGGAAACGUUCACAGACAACUGGCAUAAAGUCAACGGCUUUCCUUUCAUGUGCAACGAUGCCGGCUUCGCCCUGGCCUACGCUGUCAUCAUGUUGAACACUGACCAGCAUAACCACAAUGUCCGCAAGCAGAACAUCCCCAUGACCGUAGAGCAAUUCAAGAAAAAUCUAAAGGGAGUCAAUGGAAACAAAGACUUUGACCAGGACAUGUUGGAGGAUAUCUACAAUGCUAUCAAAAACGAGGAGAUUGUGAUGCCGGACGAGCAGACGGGUUUAGUGAAGGAGAAUUAUGUGUGGAGCGUCUUACUGCACCGCGGCGCCUCAUCCGAAGGCAUCUUUCUCCACCUGCCGCCCGGCAGCUACGACAAUGACUUGUUCACCAUGACAUGGGGUCCCACUAUCGCUGCACUCUCCUAUGUCUUUGACAAGAGCCUCGAUGAUGUCAUCAUCCAGAAGGCCAUCACUGGCUUCAGGAAAUGUGCGAUGAUUGCAGCUCACUAUGGCUUCAAUGAUGUGUUUGACAAUUUGAUCAUCUCCCUCUGCAAGUUCACCACUCUGAGCAGCGAGUCUGUGGAGAAUCUUCCCACCGUGUUUGGCAGUAACAGUAAGGCCCAGACAGCCGCCAAGACGGUGUUCGACCUCGCUCAUCGGCAUGGCAACAUCCUGAGGGAGGGCUGGAAGAACAUCGUGGACUCGCUGCUACAGCUGUUCAGAGCUGAGCUGCUGCCCAAAGCCAUGGUUGAGGUGGAAGACUUUGUAGAGCCCAAUGGGAAGAUUUCUCUUCAGAGAGAGGAAACCCCUUCAAAUCGUGGCGAGUCAGCAGUGCUAAGUGUUUUCAACUGGCUGACGCUUAGUGGAGCCGAGCAGUCAGGACUCAGAGGACCGUCCACAGAAAACCAGGAAGCCAAACAGACUGCCAUCCACUGCAUCAAGCAAUGUGACCCAGAAAAGCUGAUCACCGAGAGCAAGUUCCUGAAGCUGGAGUCUCUACAAGAGCUCAUGAAGGCUCUGAUAUCAGUCACCCCAGAUGAAGAGACCUAUGAUGAAGAGGAUGCUGCCUUCUGCCUGGAGAUGCUGCUGCGCAUUGUUCUUGAGAACCGAGACCGUGUGUCCUGUGUGUGGCAGACGGUGCGCGACCACCUUUGCCAGCUCUGCGUUCAUGCUAAUGAGAGCUGCUUCCUGGUGGAACGAGCUGUGGUGGGACUCCUUCGACUCGCGAUUCGCCUACUACGACGAGAAGACAUUAGCUCACAGGUUCUUCUCUCCCUCCGCCUCUUGCUGAUGAUGAAGCCUCAUGUCCUUUCCCGGGUCAGCAGGGAGGUGGCUUAUGGCCUUCAUGAGCUGCUGAAGACUAAUGCAGCCAAUAUCCACUGUACAGAUGACUGGUACACGCUCUUUUCACUGCUGGAGUGCAUCGGAGCUGGAGUGAAACCUCCUGUCGCCUUCCAGCUUACCUCGGCCACAGCUGACAAUGACACAGGUGCCCAGUCAGACAGUGAGCUGUCGUCUCAUCAUCCUAGUGAAGUGAGUUUAGACCGAGGCUACACAUCGGACUCAGAGGUCUACACUGAGCACAGCAAGACCAGGAUCCCACGCUCGGCCACUGAUGUGGAUGUAGCAAGCAGUGGAUGGCUCGUGGUUGGGAAAGAUGACUUUGAGAUAAGUAAGACCCCCACAGUAGGGUCAAAGGCUCAGCUGAAUCACCCACUGGUCAACCAGUACAGUCUGACACUGGGUCAGGACCUUGGCCAGCACGACACAAAGUCUCUCAUCAAGUGUGUGGAAACGCUUUCUUUCAUCGUUCGAGAUGCUGCCCACGUCACGCCUGACAACUUUGAGCUGUGUGUCAGAGCGAUACGAGUGUUUGUGGAGGCCAGCCUCAAUGGAGGUUACCGCAACCACGACAAGAAGAAGAGCCACAAAUAUGACACCUCCAAGUCUCGGAUGAGGAAGAAGGCAGGCGGCAGGGAGAAGGACAGCGGAGGCAGCGUGAGGCGAAGCAGCAGCAGGACCUUCAGCCAGCGCCCAUCGCGUUCCUACAGUGAUGAUGAGGAGGAUGAGGGUGUCCCAGCCAGUUACCACACGGUGUCAUUACAGGUUAGUCAGGACCUCUUAGAUCUGAUGCACACCUUGCAUACCCGGGCUGCCAGCAUCUACAACUCCUGGGCAGAGGAGCAGUGCCAUCUGGAGGCUUCCAGCAGGAAGAUUGAGGCUGAUUCUCAGACUUUGUGGACCAGCUGCUGGUGCCCCCUGCUGCAAGGGAUUGCUUGGUUGUGCUGUGAUGCCAGGCGACCGGUUCGCAUGCAGGCCCUCACCUACCUCCAGAGGGCGCUGCUUGUUCAUGAUCUGCAGACACUUGAUGCAAUUGAAUGGGAGUCCUGUUUCAACAAGGUGCUUUUCCCCCUGCUGACUAAGCUGCUUGACAACAUUAGCCCAGCAGAUGUUGGUGGUAUGGAGGAGACCAGAAUGAGAGCCUGCACGCUGUUGUCAAAGGUUUUCCUACAGCACCUCUCCCCUCUGCUGUCCCUGCCUACCUUUGCUGCCCUCUGGCUCACCAUUUUGGACUUCAUGGAUAAGUACAUGCAUGCUGGAUCAAGUGACUUGUUGUUGGAAGCCAUCCCCGAGUCUUUGAAGAACAUGCUGCUGGUUAUGGACACAGCAGGCAUCUUCCACAGUGCUGACUCUAGGACAGGAUACUCGGACCUGUGGGAAAUAACUUGGGAACGAAUCGUCUGUUUCCUGCCUUUAUUGAGGGAGGAGCUCUUCAAACAGACUAUCAUACCAGAUGCAGUACCCAAUCCUCAACCAGAGUCGGUGCAGCUGACAACCCCAGCAGGCCGGCCCCCAUCGCCUCAGGUGUCUCCACCUCCCAUGCAAACACCCGCCCAAGCCCCAGUGAACUCUACAGCGGCUCAAAGCUCCAGCAGGCCGGCCUCACCACUGGAGCCUCCACCAGCCAGUGCCAACGGAUCAGGCCGAUCAUCUCCGGUCCCCCCCUCGAUUCCUCCCAUGCCAGUGCCAUUAACAACCUCUCCUGUCCAGGGUCCUUCACCUUUAGGCCAGUCCCCCCUCAUUCUGCAGCCCCUUGCUUCUCCUCUGCAGGUGGGAGUCCCACCCAUGUCCCUGCCAAUCAUUCUUAAUCCCGCCCUCAUAGAGGCCACAUCCCCUGUACCACUGCUUCCUGCUCCCAGAUCGACAACUCCUCCCGACGAGGUCCAGUAA